AUGUCACCAGUAUCCACGUCGCCAGCAGUCCCCAAGGCCAUCGUCUUCGACCUCAUGGGCACCUGCGUUGACUGGUAUUCCUCCAUCCUCCCUGCUCUUGAGAGCGCUCCCUCGAUCCCAGCCCUCCCUUCAGAGUCACUACCUCAACUGGCAGCCGACUGGCGCGCUGGGUUCUUCAAGGAGACCCGAACGCGCAGAGAUGCCUCUCAGCUUGUUGAGGAUAUCGACGUCACGCAUCGGCGGGUGCUGAAUUGGCUGCUACUUGCUCGAGGAGUGACGCCUGCGCAAUGGGAUGAUGGAGUGAGGAAAAAGCUUGUUGGUGCCUGGCAUGAGCAGAGAGGGUGGCCGGAUGUAGCAUCUGCACUUGAGAGAUUGAAGCAGAAAUACUUCAUCGUUGUACUCGCAAAUGGAUCCACGCGCUUGCAGCUCGAUCUCAUGAAGGCUUCAAAUCUCCCCUUCCACAUGCUCUUCUCAUCGCAACUGCUAGGAAAGACAAAACCAGAUGCCGAGAUUUAUACCAAAGCGCUAGAACUAAUGCAAGUGGCCCCUUCAGAAGCCAUCAUGGUUGCUGCACAUGCAUAUGACUUGAGGGCAGCUAAGACUGUGGGAAUGAAGACUAUUUAUGUACAGCGUACGACGGAAGACUUCACAGAGAAUAUAGAUCAGGUGCGAGACGAGGUUGACUUCUUCAUCGAUGGCACUAGUGGAGACGAGAAGUGCGGUUUCGGAGAGUUGGCCGAUAUACUCCAGGCGUGA